AUGUUAUAUAUAGAGAGAGACAAAGUACAGGCCGUCUUCACCCCCCUUGAGACUCAGCUCAUCUUUCACUUUCACUACCCCUAUCACAUCCUGCUACUGCUGCGCAUCAUGGCCGUCCUCAGCUUACUAGCAGCUGCUGCUAUAGCAUACCCCUUCCUUAUUGUCAUUUACAACCUCUACUUCCACCCUCUACGACACUUCCCCGGCCCCCUCUGGAACAGAAUCUCCGUGCUGCCCAAACACUACUGGGGCACGCGGGGUGAGCUCAUCUACCAAGUGAAGGCAUGGCACGAGGAGUUUGGCCCUGUGAUCCGCAUCGCCCCCGAUGAGCUUGCCUUCAAAGACGGCAGCGCCUGGAAGGACAUCUACGGCCGUCGCACCGCCGAGGGCCGCUACGAACUACCCCGCGAUGAAAUGUUCUACAACCCGCUUGAGCGACCCCCCUCACUGCUCAACUCGGGCCGUGUUGAGCACGAUGCCCUCCGCAAGGUCAUGUCCCCAGCCUUUAGCGACAAGGCCAUCCGCGCCCAAGAAAAGCACAUUGGCCAGUACGUCGACAUGCUCAUCGAUAGGUUGAGUGCCCAGAUCAAGACCGAGCCUGAUGCCCCCGUCAACAUGAAGGACUGGAUGGCCUUUUGCACGUUUGAUGUAAUCGGUAACUUGGCCUUUGGCUCAGACUUUGACUGCCUCCGCACCGGCGAGUACCACCCAUGGAUUAAGACAGUCAUUGCUUCGCUUCGCGAGUUUGCUUUCAUGAACUUCCUUGUUGCCAUCGGCGCCUUUCCCAUCUUCAAGUUCCUCAUCUUCCACGCCGGCAUGGGCCUCGGCACGUUCCAGAUCCAAGAGAAGCUGACGAUUCAAAAGACCAAAGAGCGUCUAGAGAUGGGCUCUGAGCGCGAAGACUUCAUGGACGACCUCAUCAAGUCCGGUAUGACCACCGCCCAGCUCAUGGAGAACAGCAGUCUUUUGAUUCUCGCUGGUAGUGAAACAUCUGCAACCCUGCUCACCGGCGCCAUGUACCUGCUGGCCAGCAACCCCGACGCAUAUAAGAAGUGGAAGGACGAGGUCCGCAAGACCUUCAAGGAGGAAAGCGAAAUCACACUCGUCAGCAUCAACAAGCUCGACUACAUGCUCGCCGUGCUCAAGGAAUCUCUGCGCAUGUAUCCCCCCGUUGCUGGUGCUCUCCCCCGCGUAACUCCCCGCGGCGGCACCACCAUCGCUGGCCACUUCAUUCCCGAGGGCACAUCUGUUGGUAUCUGGCAGUGGGCAGUCAACUACGACGAGACGUACUUUGCCGAUGCACACAAGUUUGACCCGGACCGAUGCCUGCACCGCGCCAACAUCAUCAAGAACACUGAAGACGGCUCUGAAGAUGCGGACACCAAGACUGUCACGGGCGAGAUCUCGGCCAAGUAUGCCAACGACCGCAUGGAUGUGCUGAACCCGUUCCUUGUUGGGCCCCGUAACUGUCUGGGACAAAACUUAGCGUAUGCUGAGAUGCGUCUCAUCUUGGCCCGUAUUGCGUUCCGCUUCGAUCUCGAGCUGUGUGAUGAGAGCCGUGACUGGUUGGAUAACCAGAAGAACUUUGUGCUUUGGGAUAAGCCAGACAUGUUUGUCAAGUUGACCGAGACGGCUGCUUAGUUGUGGCGCUUAGAUAGAUGCUUGCUUGAUGUGUUUUUUUGUAUGUAUAUAUCUUAUGUUACAACCUUACGAAUCAGAAAACAUCUCUAUUCUCUCUAC